UACUUUGAUUUUAGUCGCCUAACCGUAAUCGCAUUACUACUCGCCGCCUUCGUGACGCGCUCGUACGGAGGUGAAUCGUCAACGUGCUUGACGCUGUACGAACAUGGCGGUGCACCGGCGGUUUUCGAGUCCCAAGAUUGGCUUCAAUGGAGGCACUCCGACGGGUAUGCUUCCCACUCUCGAAGCAUGUCCAGCUGUGAAACGGCCGUGCUCGAAGAUCGUACAAGGCCCCUGGAGGAUCGCAUUCUCUGCGCUCUCAACGUCCGCAUUCCCUUUUCUGGUAAUGGUGGUGGAAUUGAGGAGGUUAGAGUUGGAAUUGUUGCUGUUUUUGAUGGUCAUAGUGGUAGUGAAGCUAGUGAUAUGGCUUCCAAGCAGUUACUGGAGUAUUUCGCUCUGCAUAUGCAUUUUCUUGUCAGUGCUUCGUAUUCUGCUAUGUUGGAGAAUGCUGCCUCAAGAACAGCAAGAUUGCAUAAUUCGGAUGGCUUUCAAGAUCCUCAAGAUUCCGAUAUUACUAGGAUCGAGCAUUCAUUGCAACCCCACUUUGAUGCAUUUUUCCAGUCGGACAUUUUGAAAGAAGCGUUGUUGAGGGCAAUUCAUGAUAUUGAUGCAAAAUUUUCCAUAGAAGCAUCUGCAAAAAAUAUUAGUUCAGGUUCUACAGCCACGAUUGUACUACUAGCUAAUGGUCAAAUUUUAGUUGCCAAUAUUGGAGACUCGAAGGCUUUUUUGUGCUCGGAAAAAUCUAUGUAUCCUGCUGAGGCUGAAGCCACUUGUCCGAGGCUAUACACUCAGGAGAGGCAUAAAUGUAAUAAUGGUCCUGUUUCACGUCCAAGAAACUAUGAAAUGUUUGAAUUGGCCAACCCUGAGGUAAUGACUUUUUCUGCCAAGGAAUUGACAAGAGACCAUCAUCCAGGCAGAGAUGAUGAAAAGUUUCGGGUGGAAACUGCUGGUGGCUAUGAUCUUUCAUGGGGUGGUGUGCCUCGUGUAAAUCAUAUUUCACAAGCAAUUGGUCGUGUCUCAAUUAAAAGGUUUGGCGUUCUCUCUGCACCAGAGUUGACAGAUUGGCAACCCCUGACUGUAAAUGAUACCUACCUUGUAGCUGCAUCUGUUGGAGUUUUCAGGAAACUGAGCGUGCAGGAUGUUUGUGACUUAAUGUUGGCAGCACAGAGAUAUACUCCUGGGAGAUCAGAGUUGUCUUCACCCUGUUCAUAUUCAUUAGCUGACUGCAUAGUAAAUACUGCAAUGGAAAAGGGGAGUGUGGGCGGUGUAGCAGCUGUAGUCGUCACAUUGGUAUCUACUGGUUUGCAGAAAGUUUGUUGCAAUGUCUCUGCAUAUGACCUAAAGAAAAUGGACCAUGCUCAUGUCGCUAAUUCCAAAUUUGAGAGGUUACUGCAGCUUGAUGAACGUGCAGAUUACAUGUUGCAAGCAACAGACAAGCACAAAAGUCAUCAGUUUGACAUGCCUCAGGUUCAAUCGGAUACCGCUGACCAACUGUAUGGCGGACCUCUUAUGCUGUUCCAUAACCUGGAUUUGUGUAUGCACCUGCCAAUGACUGGCGACAAUGCUAAGAACCAAUCUACAAAUUCUGGAGGCUCUUCAACGUCCCUUCCUCUGUUUGAUUCAAUUUCAUUCGACAAAGCUGGUUUAAAUAGUGAAUCAUUUGAAUAUUCAGUGCCUCAGAGGAGGUAUGUUCUAAGAAAGCGGUUUGGCUGUGGAUCAUAUGGAGAAGUAUGGCUGGCUUAUAAUCCGGACUAUCAUCAAGACAGCAAUGCUUCAUACUCGAGCCCUCCUGAUGACAACUUGUUCAUUUUAAAACGCAUAAUGGUGGAGAGAGGGGCUUCUGUUUACUUAAGUGGUUUAAGGGAAAAGCAUUUUGGAGAUUUUUUCCUAAAAGCCUCUUCUUGUGUUGAAGGAAUGCGUAGAGGUUUUUGUGAAGAAGGUUUGAAACAUAUUGCAAGAUAUGUAGAGUCGGUGGAGUCUCGCGUAAAUGAAAUAUGGCUUGCAUUUCAUCAUGAGGGUAUUUCGCUGUCAAAGCUGAUGUAUACUGUGGGAGAUGACACGGAUGUUGAUGAAGUCGAGCAUUUCCAGAUCUUGCGUCCAUCACAAUGGUUGCACUGGUUGAAGACAACAAAAGAAGGACAGGAGCAAAUGCGCAGUCUGAUAUGGCAGUUGCUGACUGCGUUGAAAUCCUGCCAUGACCGCAAAAUUACCCACCGAGAUAUCAAGCCUGGAAACAUUGUCAUAUGUUUUGAAGACAAACACAGUGGGAAAUGUCUGAAAAAAAAUUCACUUGGAGAGAAGAAAGUCAGCUUUCAAGUAUAGGUUUUUCUUACUGUUCACCUUUAUACUUGCAUGUGUCUUUUUAUGUUUAUGUUGUUAAAUGGUUUGGAAUGGUGAUUGAUGCCUUCAAUUGGGACAAUACUUUAGGCACAUUAUCGACUUUGGGAGCGCAAUAGAUGAAUUUACACUCAAGAACUUAUAUGGCUCUAGUGGACCAUCUAGGUAUCGCGUUUAUUCAUUGUGUCAAUUUUAUCAAAUCAUAUAAUGGUUUUACCGAUAGUCACUGGUUUUGUGCUUCAAUAAAGAUGAACAAACCAAUGAGUAUACUCCUCCCGAGGACUUACUCUAUGCUGAUUGGUAUGAAGGGCCAACGAGCACGAGAUUGAAGUA